GGCUAACCAUAGUUAACUCCAUUACUGUCAUUUUAAUUAGUUUCCUCCUCGAGUCGGGUCAAUACUCCAUGGCUGAACCUUCAUCGUCGUCGUUUCAACCCAUUUCUUCUCCGGCCAAUAAUAUCGCAGUUCAAUAUGAUGUAUUCGUGAGUUUUCGAGGCGAAGAUGUUAGAAACAAUUUUGUUAGCCAUCUUCAGGCUGCAUUCAAACGCAAAGGAAUCACAACUUUUUUCGAUGAAGAGCUCAAGAGAGGGCAACAAAUCUCUCCCGCUCUUCUUAAAGCUAUACAACAAUCUUCCAUUUCCGUCGUCGUUUUCUCUGAGAACUAUGCUUCUUCUAGAUGGUGUUUGGAUGAGCUUUUGAAGAUUGUUGAAUGUAGAAACACGUAUGGCCAGAUCGUCCUCCCGGUUUUCUACCAUGUAGAUCCAUCAAAUGUCCGAAAUCAGACAGGGAUUUAUGCAGAAGCAUUCGCUAAACAUCAGCAAACUCGCGAACAAGAUGAAAUACAAAAAUGGAGGGAUGCUCUCACAGAAGUUGCAAAUUUGUCUGGUUUGGAUUCCGCUAACUGGAGGCUAGAGUCUGAAAUGAUUGACAAAAUCACUCAAGAAAUACUUAAGAAACUAGACCGUUUAACGUUAAAUAACGUCGAUGGGGUAGUUGGAAUUGAAGUUCGUGUGGAGCGUAUUGAGUCUUGUCUACGUCUGAUGAUUCCAAUGAUGAUGUUCGCAUUUUAGGCAUUUGGGAAUGGGUGGCAUUGGUAAAACUACAGUUGCCACAGCUUUGUUUCAUAAAAUAAAAUAUGAAUUUGAUGGUUAUUGCUUUCUUGAGAACGUUAGAGAAAAUUAUGGUAAAAAUGGCAUGGACUACCAAAUUUACAAAGGAUGCUCUAUCUCAAGUUACGCAGGAACAACAACACCUUUCAAUGCAUAUUUCAAGAGCUUUCCUUAAAAGUAGGUUGUGUGGAAAGAAGGUGCUCAUUGUUCUUGAUGAUAUUGAUGACAUAGAACAAUUAGAGAAUUUAAGUUGGAGGAUGAAUUGGUUUGGAGGUAGGAAGUAGAAUUGUCAUAACAACUAGAAAUAGACAACUUCUUAUUGAUCAAAGUUGAUGAAGUUUAUGACUACGCAAGGGAGCAUUUGUCUGAUGAGGAAGCUUUGCUUCCUCUUUAGUCACUAUGCGUUUAAAACAACCCAACCACCAGAGAAUUACCUUGAGCUUUCGAGAAAGGCUAUAAAUUAUGCAUCAGGGAUUCCCUUAGCUCUCAAGCUCUUAGGUUCUUAUCUACGUAAAAAAGAUGAAAGAACGUGGAAAAGUGCAUUGCUAGACUAGAAAGAUUUUCGAUGAUGAAAUAUCUAGGAGAGUACUAGAGCUAAAGCUUUGAAGGACUUAAUUCAAAUGAGAAAGACCAUUCUACUUGAUGUAGCAUGUUUCUUUAAGGGAGAGGAUAUUGAACUUGCCAGUUUAGUAUGGGAGCUUGUGGCUUUUUCUCGCAUGAUGCUAUUUUCUGUACUUAGUGACAAGUGUCUCAUAUCAAUGGAAAACAACAACUCUCGACUUUGGAUGCAUUGAUGUUAAUUCAAGAGAUGUGCAAAGCAAAUUGUUCGAAAAGAGAGCAUUGAACCAGGUGAGCGCACUCGGUUGUGGAAUCUAAAGAAUAUCUUCAUGUAUUUAACAAAGAUAGUGGGACUCCAAAAAUUCAAUGCAUAAUCUUGGAUUGUCAGAAACUAAAGAGGUAUUAGAAUUAGGGUGAGGAAGCUUUUGUGAAAAUGGAGAAACUGAGAUUGUUGAAGUUUCUUCUCUAGACAAUUAGAUGAAAUCAGCACCAACAUAGGCUUCCUCGUGGUUUGACAAUGCUUCCAGAUAGCUGACAUAUCUUUUUUGGGAUUUUCUAUCCGAACAAGUUUCUUGCUUCAAAAAUUUCAUCCAGAAAAUCUUGUUGGGUUGUUUUUACGCCAGAGUUGCAAUAGACAACCGGUGGAAAGGACAUCGGUAAUAUUUAUUUAUUUAUUUCUCUCUCUUUCUCCUGUAUUUGAAAGGGCCGAGUAAUUUGUCAAUUGUUAAAAAAGUU